GCUUGCUGGAAUAAGAUUUGGUCUUAGGGCAGGUCCUUGGCUACCUCUUUCUCCUCGGAGGAGGAGAGUGCCUUGCCCAGGGCACAGCUCAGAGGGGCUCCCUGUGUUCUCUCUAGGAAUGGCUACAAGUUCCUCUACUGCUCGGCCAGGGCUAUUGGCAUGGCCCACAUCACCAAAGGCUACCUCCAAUGGGUCAAUGAGCAAGGCUGUGGCCUCCCCAUGGGCCCCAUGCUGCUCUCCCCCAGUAGUCUCAUGUCUGCCUUCCACAGGGAGGUGAUUGAGAAGAAGCCAGAGGUGUUCAAGGUCACCUGCUUGACAGACAUCCGAAAACUGUUUGCUACAAAGUGUCCCUUCUACGCGGGCUUUGGGAACAGGCCCAGUGAUGUCUAUGCUUACAAGCAAGUGGGGCUGCCAGAGAGCCGCAUAUUCACCGUGAACCCCAAGGGAGAGCUGAUCCAGGAGCUCAGAAAGAACCAAAAGUCAACGUAA